GGUGCAGAAGAAGCCUCUCUCAGCAAAUCAACUGUUUUCACUGCAAAAGCCUUUCUUAGCAAACUAACUGCUUUCACUGCAAGAUUAAAAAGUGCUGUUCUAGUAUCAUUCCACUUUCCCUGCCUUCUCUUCAUUGCCUCUUAUUUUCGAAGAUAGGCAUCAUUUCAUUUGAGAUAUAAUCUACUGCAUUUUCUGCCUUCUCAGCGUUAGAAGCACAAGUUUCAGGCCAGCAGUGACUGCGUUAUGGACUUGUUGGGAUCAAUUAUUGAAAUAGUGAAAUGUGUUGGUGGCCCAAUUGUGAGACAUCUGAAACAUCAGAUAAAAUUCAACGAUUCUCUGGAAAAAUUCAAGAGGAGGAAAGAUGACUUGCGCAGUCGAAGGUGUGACAUUGAAUCAAAAUUGAGCACAGAGCGUCGCUAUGGGAAGGUUCCUAGGGUGGAAGUGCAAAGAUGGUUGGAUGAUGCAGAAGUGUUUAUUGCAAGACCAGAGGUUGAAGAUGAAGUGAAUGGUUGGGGAUGUCUCUCAUGUUGCUGCCGAGUAAAGAUUCUAGAGGGAAGGGUUCAGGAAUUGAACGAAAUAUAUGGCAGAGGGGAUAGAUACACUGAUGAGUGUUUGGUCAUUGAUGAUCCAUCAGCUUCGGUAGUUGAAUUGACAACAUCAGAGUUACAAGGCAGUGAGGCUGUUAAAGCAAAUAUUUUGGCAUGCUUGAAGGGGGAAGAGGUGACAAUGCUUGGAGUUUGGGGGAUGGGGGGAGUCGGGAAAACAACAAUAAUGAAGCAUGUCCAUAAUGAACUGCUAAAAGAAGGUAAAUUCAAGAAAAUAAUUUGGGUAACUGUGUCACAAAACUUUUAUAUCCCCAAAUUGCAAGAUCAAAUUGCAUGCAGCUUGAACUUGAAGGAAAAGUUGGAAGAGCGUCAAAAUGAAAGUAUUCGUGCAGGAGUGUUGUCAAAGAUGCUAGAGGAACAGAAGCCUUACUUGCUGAUUCUUGAUGAUGUGUGGUGCAGUUUCGAACUUGAAACAGUUGGAAUUCCUAAGCCAAAUGGCUGCAAGUUAGUAUUGACUACACGGUCACUAGAGGUUGUUCGUUCACUGGGUUGUAGAGAAAUCAAAGUGAAGAUUCUUCCACAAAAGGAAGCUUUAAAUUUGUUUUUGAAUAAAGUUGGAGAUGCUGUUUUAUCAGAUCAUGAAGGGGGCAUUAAAAAGGAUUUAGAAUCAACUUUGAAGGAGAUUGUGGAUGAAUGUGAUGGUCUUCCGUUGGCACUUAUUACAGUUGCUGGCAGCUUAAAAGGAAUAUCUGAGUCACGGUUGUGGAGUGUUGCACUAAAUCAAUUGAGAGAUUGCAAAAGAAAUGUAACAGGUACAGAUGAUGCUGAUGCAUUUCAGAUAUUAAAGUUCAGUUAUGAUCGUUUGAGAAGCCAACAGAUGCAAUAUUGUUUCUUAUACUGUGCACUGUAUCCUGAGGAUUACAAGAUUCCCAAGGAUGAAAUAAUUGAAUAUUGGAUUGGUGAGGGGUUUAUAGAUGAAAUGGAAACUUGGCAUGCAAUGAAGGAUGAGGGUUAUCAUAUUUUGAGGAAACUUGAAGAGAAUAGCUUGUUGGAAUUGAUUGAAGAUGGAGUUGGAGCUUAUGUGAGGAGGCAUGAUCUUAUCAGCGAUGAAGUUAGAGCUUAUGUGAGGAUGCAUGAUCUUAUCAGGGACAUGGCCUUGUACAUUAUAAGAAUGAGUCCAAGAAUGAGUCCUCGAUUCUUGUUAGAAGCUGGCAAAGCAUUGACAGAGCUACCAGAAAGGGUAAUAUCUGCAAAAGGUGUUGAAAAGGUUUCAUUAAUGCAUAAUCAUAUUGAAGAAAUUCCAUCCAACUUGGUAUCUUCAACAUGGACAAGGGUCACAACCUUGUUGCUAGCCAAUAACAAAUUGUCAACAAUUCCAGAAUCAGUCUUUGAGCACAUGCCAGAGCUAAGAAUUCUUGAUCUGUCCUUCAAUCUGCAGUUAAGUAGCUUGCCAAAUUCUGUCUCCAAAUUGGUGAAGCUUACUUUCUUGUUGUUGGAAGACACGAGCCUAGAAAGGGUACCAUCUUUAUCAGGCCUUGAAUCUUUGAAAAAGUUAAACCUUAGGGGGAGAAGAAUCAAAGAAGUCCCUGAAGGCCUGGGAAUGUUGAAGAAUUUGAAAUGUCUUUUUCUUUGGGUAUCACAAAAAGGUUACAUGAAAUUGAAGGGGGACGUGGUUGGGAGAUUGAAGAAGUUGGAAGUUUUUCAGGGCUGGUUCCCCACUGCGAAUGAAAUGAGAAUUUUUCUCAAAUGUGAGCCUAAUAGGCUGAGUGACUAUUUUAUUAUUGUUGGAAGCAAUUUGAAUAUGUCUUACCGUCUUCCAAUAAAGUUACCAAGAUAUAAGAAAAUAAUGGUGUUCGAGGAGACUAGUAUUGUUGGAGAGAAUAUGGUAUUUCCCUCCGUACAAGAAUUACGUAUUGAAGCUUGCCACGACAUAAGAAGCUUAAAUGAUAUUUCUGUAAUCAAAGAUGCAACAGAAUUGAGGAGAUGUUUGAUUUCGAAAUGUGAUGGCAUGGAGUGCUUUCUUUCCUCGUGGAUUAACAACCCAGUCGUUCAAAACCUUGAGUGUCUGGAUCUGUCCAAUUUGCACAAAUUGGAUGGGUUGUUUGAAGCAAACGUCAUGGCGACGUCAUCACCUCCACCUAGGGCUUUUUCAUCUCUCCAAGAAGUUUGGAUUCACGAAUGCAAAAAAAUAAGGAAGUUGUUUUCAUCUUGGAAGUUGGUGGAAUAUCUCCAAAGUCUAGAAAGGAUUGAAGUCUAUGAUUGUGAAGAAAUGGAAGAAGUAAUAGCAUCAGAUCCAGAAGAAGAAGGAGAAGAAGGAGGGGACACCAUCAAGAAGCUCAUUCUUCCAAAAUUAAAAUAUCUGAGUUUACAAAACUUGCCAGCAUUGAAGAGCAUCUGUAGCAGGAGGGCAGUAAUGGUAUGUGAUUCUCUUGAAGAGAUUAGAAUUUGUGAUUGCAAGGGCCUAAGGAGGAUGCCUCUUUCUCUUCCCCUGGUUGAUAACGCCCAACCAUCUCCUCCUCCUCCUACCCUCAAAGAAAUCCUUAUACUUCAACGAGAACUAGAAUGGUGGGAAGCGUUGGAGUGGGACCAUCCCAACGCAAAGGAUCUCCUUCGACCCAUUGUUCGAUUUUUCGGUUGAUGUAUCCAGGAUUCCAUCAUCGGGGUUGGAACAGUUGAAAUCGAUGGAUUAUCCACAAGAUUGAAAGUAAUGGAUUUUUCGACCCAUGCUUUAGUUGAGGAUUAUACAUCAUCGGAGUUGGAACAGUCAGAAUCUGAGGGUUAUCCAAAAGAUUGAAAGUGGAUCAGGAACUCGGUUCAUUCAACCAGUCUGUUGUUGCUUUUCCUUACGGGCUUCAAAAGAUGUCCCUUCUACUACCCUUGUGUGGAUUGUUUUAAUGUGAUUCUUGUGUUUUCAUACGUUAUGUAAAUUAAUUGUUUUGAAAACUGAUUUAGAACACCAUCUGUAUUCUUAUGUAUUUUGUUGCAUUGUUAUGUAUCUUGGUUGUACCAUGUACAUACAUAAAUAUGUGCUUUCAAU